AUGUUUAGUAGGGCCAGAGCGUCAGUACAGCAAUUACCAAGAAGACCUGCUUCUGUGGCUGGAUACCAUGAUUUGAAUAUCACUCCAAAAUCCAAAUCACCAAUCCUUAGACAAGGUCCAGGCGGAAGGAGUUCUGUUACUGGCCAUGUCGCUACUGUUUUCGGAUGUACUGGAUUCUUAGGACGUUAUACGGUACAGAAAAUUGCUCGUACUGGUGCUCAAGUCGUCACUCCAUAUAGAGACGAGCUCGAAAGGCGUCAUUUGAAGCCAAUGGGCGAUCUUGGUCAGAUUGUACCUAUGGAAUGGGACGCUCGUAACCACCAACAGAUAGCAGAAUGCCUUAGACACUCAGACGUAGUCUACAAUCUUGUUGGCCGUGAUCACGAGACAAAGAAUUUCAACUACGACGAUGUUCACGUUAAGGCUGCUGCUGAUAUCGCUUCAAUUGCUCAACAGGAGGGCAUCGAGAGACUGAUCCACGUUUCACACUUCAACGCUGCUCAUGACUCUCCUUCCGCUUUCUACAGAGCCAAACAAGCUGGUGAAGAUCUUGUUCGUGAAAACUUUGACGGUCCUUCCAUCGUCAGACCUACAGUUAUGUUUGGUCAUGAGGAUCGUUUCUUGCAGCAGAUGGCUUUCUGGACUAUUGCAUACAAGCUCAACAAGGGUCAAACACGCGUAAAGCCGGUGCAUGUGCUUGACGUUGCUGAGGCUUUACACAAAAUGAUGACAUUGGAUCCAGGUCAUGGAGACACAUACUCAUUACCUGGACCAAAAGAGUACACAUAUAAUGAAGCGAUUGACGUUGUUUCAGCAUUGACAUUGAAGGAGCACAAGGCACCAUCAGUACCAAAAGCCCUCGCAAAGGCUGUAGCCAAGGUGAUGGACAAGUCAUUGUGGUGGCAGACAAUGUCGGAGGAUGAAGUAGAGAGACGCUACAUUGACGAUCUCCCAGGAAUCCCAGCCGGACACAAGAGCUGGAAUGACUUAGAAAUGAUGCCUGAUAUAAUGGAAGACGUGUCUAUCCCUUACGUCAGAAGAUUCCGUAGCGCAACGACAUCGAACCUUCCCGUUGAAUCUGGCGGUAAGCCAUACAGACCACCAAGCGCACAAAUGUAA